AUGAGUUAUACCGUUGACCAGGUUAGCCAGUGGUUGAACGAAUCAGCUAGCACACUAGAGAAUGCCCAAAAGUUGUGCACGAAAGCGCAGGAACUACUCCACGUCACGUACCAUCAGAUGGCCGAGUUGUUGCCGGACGAAGUGGACACCACGGUGUUUAUGUUUGACUCGUAUCAAAGACAGUUUGAACUGUUGAACAAGAUCGUACUUCUGGUUAGAGAGAACUUGCGGAUCAAAGUGGACAAAGCGGUCACCAAGAUCGAUUCGGUGCUCAAGUCGCAGUUGGAAGAAUUGAACAAGGUCAUCAAACAAUUGAGCAAUACCGAGGUGCCGUCGUUUCUACAGACGGAUGAAAUUGAAAGCAAGCGUCUAAUUGAUUUUGUAGCCAUUGAGCAAACCGUGUUGCUCCAGCAGAACAUUGACAUCUACAAGUUAAACUGUCAAAAAAUCCGAAAUCUCCUAAACAAACACUUCCAAUCUGAGUUACAGGAUAGAUACCUGGCGUUUCAAAAACUGCACGGCCCCAUAGUAAAGGGGUAUGAAGGUUUAGACCCGGUCCGGUUUGAAUUAAAGUCGGCACAGGGAAACUUGUUAGAAUCAAAGGGCCAGAUUGGAGUCAUUCUAAGAGAGAACCAGUCGCUAGAGAAGGAGUUGGUGUCGAUGUUGCAAAUGUUUACAAACCAUUACGACCAAUGCACAAAAGCUGUAGAGUUGUUGUCCACUGAAACCAGUGGAAUCACCGUCAAUUUGGAGGUUUUGGAGGUGGAUGCACAAGAACUUGGGGACGUUUUCAAAGAAUUGAAAGCUGUGUGCGAUAUUAUAGAACGAAAUGCCACCAGGUCAGAGAAAUUGUACUCUAAUUACUGCAGCUACGUUGACAACAGUAUCAGCCACAUGAAGGAGGAGUUGAACAAGUUUAGAGAUUUCAAAACAAGAUCCGUGCCGCAAUUUUUGGCGUUGGAAAGUCGAUGUCAGGAGGUUAUCAAAACAAGCUCGAUAGCAGAUGCAGAGUUGCAGAACUUGCCGCCGUGCGAGAUCUACGCCGAGACUGUGAAACAGCUCACGUCCCACUACAGACAGUUUUUGGAGAUUUACAAGACAAACUAUUUGACAGAGCUCCAUCACGAGCAGUUUUUGUAUCCGAAAAAGUUUCUCAAACGGGUUGGAGAGUUUUUGAAUGAGGAUCUAUAUAGGAUGCAGUUGGACGAAACAGCGCAUCGGAAAAAAUGGUUGUCCAAGUACGGUGAUUUCAUUCCAAAAGAAUGGAAACUACCGGGAGAGCAAGAGUUGCCCAUGGUGGUCCAGGUGGUCACGGAAGGCUUGGAGCAUAUACAAAGCACCGAGGGCGUUGAAGGGUUUAACGAAGGAGAGGAGAAGAAGUUGUUGGCCUUGAUGCGAGGGUUGCGUGAUACCACCAACCCGCAAUAA